UUCUAUUAUCCCAAAUCAAAUAUCAUCUUCAUCCACUCCAAAACAUCCCAACACGCAACAAACAAAUCAGAUCUCCGACAAUACGUUAGAACUAAAAAUCUCUGAUAAUCAGUUCCAAAUCAUGGCUCAGAACCAACCAAUCUUUCAGACCAAGCCACAAGAACAUUUUGUGCAGAUUCCAAUCAACAUCGAGCGUGAUUCAACCACACUCAUAAACCAAACCGGAAACUCAAACCGGAGACCAAACCACUGGCCAACGAUCCUCCUCUCAACCAUCCUCGUCAUCCUAGGCCAAUCCGUAGCCAAACUCCUCGAAAACUUCUACUACGACCAAAUCAACCGAAGCGAGUACGACGAAUCCCGCCAAAACGACGGCGUUUGGACUCAAGCCCUCCUCCAAACCGUCGGCUUCCCUCUCCUCCUCCUCCCUUUCAUCAUCCUCACCGCCAAGAACCGCCGCAACCAACCUUGCGACCAACUCCACUACAAAUCUCUCACCGUGAUCUACAUCUGCAUCGGAAUCGUCAUGACGGUCCAAGCGAGGCUCUCCGCCAUGGGAAAGCUCGAGAUCCCCUUCGGCGUUUUCACCCUCAUCUACACGACGCAGCUCUUCUUCACUCCGAUCUUCGCGCGCCUCGUCAACAAGAUCAAGUUCAACCGGUGGGUCGUGAUCUCCUUGGCUCUGGCCAUCGCCACCGGAGCUCUCACGUUAUCCUCGGCCUUCGGCGGGGAGCCCGACGAGGCGGAGGAGAAUUACGCGAGAGGCUCGUGGGCGGCUCUGUUCGCCGGAGUCUGCUUCUCUCUCCUCUUGUGUAACAUCCAAAACGUCUUCGACAACUACAUCUUCAAACGCACCGAAUCAUCGACCACCAGAAAGCCUAGCUUCGCUUCUGUCUUCGAAGUCAUCAUCUUCUCCUCCCUCGCCGCCACCAUCAUCUCCGUGGCGGGACUUCUCAUCGCCGGGGAGCAGGACGAUUUGAAGAGGGAGAUGAACGAGUUUUCCAAGGGGAAAGGUGCAUACGUGAUGGCUAUGGUGGGCCAAGCCGUUUCGUGGCAGGUCUACUGGGUUGGGAUCGUUGGGCUCGUGUUCUCUGUGUCGAGCGUGUUGUCGAACGUGAUCAGUGUUGUCACGUGGCCGAUCGUGUCGGUUCUUGUGGUGAUAUUCUUUAACUUUAUGGACGAUGAGUUUGAUGUGUUCAAAGGUGUUGCCUUGAUCACUGCCGUCUUGAGCGCCGCCGCUUAUUUCUUCAGGCUUCACAAGGAGAAUCGUGAUAAUGACGUAAUAGCUAAUUAAGUUGAAGUUUAAAAUUUUGUUUAAUUUUUCUUGCGUGAGUUAAAUCAUAUUUUAAUUGUUUUAUUUGCGUGUAACUAAAAAUGUAACAGUUUCGGUUCUACUUCUAGUUCUAGGAGUAAAUUUAUGUGAUUUUACAGUUGUACGUUUCUACAAUGAAAUGUUUGAAAUAUAUGUAUUCUUUA